AUGUCGUCCUUAGAUAAUCAUUCUGAGGCUGUGAAUGUGAGAUGUCCUGCCAACGUGACUAACAUUACUAACUGCUGGUAUGAGGAGACGGCGGCGAAAAACCGCACGGAGGCGAGUGUAGCGGUUGUUUGUUGUACAUUGAACCUGUGCAGCACACCUCGAGGUAGUCCAGUCGGUCUAGAAAGCGGUAAGGUUCCCGACAGCGCUAUUACAGUCUCGAGUGAGCAGGGUCCUUAUUUCAGUAAACAAAAAGCACGUCUUAACAGUCCUUCUGCUUGGAUCCCCAAAGAUGAAGACGAAGACCCCUGGCUUCAGAUCAAAUUCAAUUCCACCUUUGUCAUCACCGCCAUCAUGACACAAGGCUGGGAAUUUAGUAGACAUUGGGUGACAUCGUACACAGUUUCAUCCAGUAUGGACGGAGCAUAUUGGACCUACUACCAGGAUAUCAACACCAACACAGUCAAGGUCUACACAGGAAACUACGACCACAAUAGUUAUGUGGUGCACACCAUGUCUACGCCGGUCGAAUGCCGAUUCUUCCCUGCGAUGAACCAGGAAGAGGUUACCUGUUCACGUCCUAUACGAGGGGAAGGAAUGGGAGUGGAAGAUGGACGAAUCCCAGACUCUAGUCUCACCUCCUCAUCGAGGUAUAAUAAUCCUUACACUGCAUCAGAUGGAAGAUUGAACGGUGGAAUGACGUCUGACAUAAAAGCAGCAUGGGUUGCCAGGAAUGAUGACAAAGAUAAAUGGGUCAAGGUCUACGCAGCAAACUACAAUGAAUACACUCCCGAGACUAUACUAUUCCCUCGACCAAUCACUGCUCGAUACGUCAGAAUACACCCACUCACGUGGCAUUGGCACCAGGCCAUGAGAUAUGAAGUUCUUGGCAUAACUGGAUAG